CUGGAAAGGCUACGGAAAACUUCUGCCCGCAUCAUCGCUGCAUCAUCCCUCCCCAUGUUGGCCCCCAAUUCAAAUCCAGAUCGAUAUCUGUAUUGCGUAGCUGCACCAAACGAGCCAUCACCCAAUGUCACCCUCAUAUACUCUGAAUCAAGGAUGAGUUGAGAAGCGCGUCGGCAUUGUGCCUGUGGCACUUCACACCAUGGACAGCAACGCGCAUCAUGAAGGCGCUCCUCGACGCCCCUCGCGAAGGAGGAGCUCGAGCGCAGGGAGAAUGCACCGAAGAGAUUCCAACUUGAGUACUGCAAGCAUAGUCAGCGAUGUGGAGAUGUCGACCACUGAUGUGUUUUCUGGGCCCAUCUCGGAAUCAGUGCCCUCCUCCGUGACGGGAUUCGCGUACAGGGUGCCCAGAAGGCGAGCUGGGUCGAUCAGUUCCUUCACAUACUUUACCGAGCAAGACCAAGAAUCACCGAAUGUCUUCUCAGACGAAGAGGCUGUUGAAAGCGACGAAGAGCAGGGCCACAUACAUAAUGAGGACCGAGACCUGGAGGCUGGCCUUGAGCCUACCACAUCCCACCGCAAGAGUUCAAGCAGAUACCGAACGUCGGUCGACCAGCCGCUCCUCCACAGACACGAUUCGGCGAGAAGUGACACACAGAAACACGAGGACGGCGGCAACUUUAGCCAAAAAUUAUACAUUGAGAAUGAGGAUCUGACCAUGGCCAUAGCUGGAUUUACGACGUCCACUGUAGGCUAUCUGACCUAUCUGGCCAUCUGCACCUUGACAGCGGGUAUCGGCUAUCUGGUCUUUCGCUGGGUGCCUCGGUGGCGCAUAUCUCUCAUUGGAUCUUCAGCACCCCUCAGAAAGUGCUCUUGGGUUGUCGUAGAGAAUCAAUGGGGCGAAUUCACGGUUCAUUAUGUGGUUUCUGAGGACUAUGGCCAUCCCAUGUCAUCAGUUUUCACACGCUCUGGCAAGGAAAAUCUCAAUGGAUAUCACUACGACAACGACGCCGAGUUGCGGCGCCUACGGUAUCUGGAUUAUAGAUACAUGAGGCUCUUGUACUACCCGGUUGAGGAUAAAUUCGUCUUGAACAACGACUGGUGGGAUCCACAAUGGGUGUCGGUGAAAGCCCUUCGGGAGGGUCUUGACACCGAAGAAAGAGACCCGAGAGAUCAAGUCUUUGGAAAGAAUAUGAUUGAGAUCCAACAGAAGACUAUUCCAGAAUUGCUGCUCGAUGAGGCUUUUCACCCCUUUUACAUCUUCCAGGUCGCCAGCCUCAUCCUCUGGUCAUUGGACGAGUACUACUACUAUGCCGCGGCAAUCUUUGUGAUCUCCGUCUUCUCCAUUACCACUACUGUUGUGGAGACUCGUUCGACAAUGCGACGACUGAGAGAAAUCUCGCGCUUUGAGUGCGACGUUCGUGUUCUCCGCAAUGGCUUUUGGCGUUCCGCGCUGUCGAGUGAACUUGUCCCUGGCGACGUAUAUGAGGUCUCUGAUCCCUCUCUGUCACAACUUCCUUGUGACAGUCUGCUCCUUGCAGGCGAUUGCAUCAUCAAUGAAAGCAUGCUUACCGGCGAAUCUAUUCCUGUAUCAAAAAUUCCUAUCACCGACGAGGCUCUGCCCUACGUUGAUCUAGGCGCAACGUCAAUCCACCCAAGUGUAGCCCGUCACUUUCUUUUCUGCGGCACGAAAAUCAUUCGUGCAAGGCGACCGCAGGAUACCGAGGACGACGAAGCUGUUGCCCUUGCUAUGGUUGUCCGUACUGGAUUCAACACAACCAAAGGUGCUCUAGUCCGGUCCAUGCUCUUCCCUAAGCCAUCAGGCUUCAGGUUCUACCGUGACUCUUUCCGGUACAUUUCGGUGAUGGGCAUCAUCGCGGCGGUCGGGUUCAUUGCUUCAUUCAUCAAUUUUGUCAAGUUGGGACUCGCCUGGCAUCUGAUCAUUGUCAGGGCACUGGAUCUCAUCACAAUCGUAGUGCCUCCCGCUCUCCCGGCUACUUUGACUAUCGGCACGAAUUUCGCCUUGGCUCGACUCAGAAAACUACAGAUUUUCUGCAUCAGCCCGCAAAGAGUCAAUGUUGCUGGAAAGUUGGACGUCGUGUGUUUCGACAAGACGGGGACUUUGACGGAAGAUGGCCUUGAUGUUCUCGGUGUACGACUUGUGCAACAUCCGGAAAUACGCUUUGGGGACAUCCUGGAGGAGGCGCGUGAGCUUCUUCCCCCAGCUUCCUACGAUCGUGAUCCAACGGUCGACUACCGAGUCAAUAAAAAUAUGCUCUACACAAUGGCCACAUGCCAUUCCCUUCGGCUGGUCGAGGACGAAUUGAUUGGCGACCCGCUCGAUCUCAAGAUGUUCCAAUUUACCGAAUGGUCAUUCGAAGAGGGUUCCCGUAACACGAGCCACUUUAUCGAGCCUGGAACACACCAGACAGCGCCAAGCGUGGCACGUCCUCCACAUGGCUUCGAGUAUGAUUUGGAAGACUCUCAGGAUAAUGAGAACCCGGUGCGCGUCGAACUGGGCAUCCUGCGUUCGUUCGAAUUCGUCUCGCAUCUGAGACGAGCCAGUGUCAUUGUGCGGCAACAUUGUGAUCCAGGUGUCAAUAUCUACGUCAAAGGGGCACCAGAAGUCAUGAAGGACAUCUGCACUGCAUCAAGCAUUCCUGAUGAUUUUGACGACCUACUGAACUACUACACCCAUAAAGGAUUCCGAGUUAUCGCCUGCGCCUCGAAAUAUAUUUCGAGACUCAGCUGGGACGACGUACAGAACAUGGAACGGUCCGAAGCCGAAUCACGUCUUUCGCUAAUCGGCUUCAUAAUUUUCGAAAACAAGCUCAAGGAAAUCACGACUGAGAUCAUUGAAGAACUGAACGAAGCCAAAAUCCGAAAUGUCAUGUGUACAGGAGACAACAUCCUCACUGCUAUCAGCGUGGCGAGAGAGUGUGGCAUCAUUGAUCGUAAUGCACACUGCUUUGUACCUCAUUUCAUUGAGGGUGACAAGAUGGAUGGCAAAGCACGCAUCUGCUGGGAAAGUGUCGACAAUCAAAUCUAUCAACUUGAUGAAUAUACUUUGCUGCCUCAGCCGCUGCCAGCCGAAGACGACAAUGCAGCCCCAUAUGAUGCAAUCGCCAUCGGCGAUUAUACACUGGCAGUCACUGGCGAUGCUUUCCGCUGGAUCAUUGAUUUUGGAUCCACAGAGGUGUUGCAACGGAUGCUCGUCAAAGGGGCAGUCUUCGCUCGAAUGUCUCCAGAUGAGAAGCACGAGCUUGUAGAGAAGCUACAGAGCAUCGACUACUGCUGUGGGUUUUGUGGUGACGGUGCAAACGACUGCGGUGCACUCAAGGCUGCAGACGUUGGUGUCUCACUGUCAGAAGCUGAGGCAUCUGUCGCUGCCCCAUUCACCAGCCAUAUUUUCGAUAUUUCCUGCGUACCCGCCCUGAUCAAGGAAGGCCGUGCUGCUUUAGUAACCAGUUUCUGCUGCUUCAAGUACAUGAGCUUGUACUCGGCCAUUCAGUUCACGUCUGUCAGCUUCCUAUAUGCGUCGGCUUCGAACCUGGGAGAUUUCCAGUUCCUCUUCAUCGACCUUGCGUUGAUCUUGCCACUGGCAAUAUUCAUGGGCUGGACUGGCGCCUAUCCGGUUCUGAGCAAGAAGCGUCCUACCGCAAGCCUUGUAUCACGAAAGGUUUUGACGCCGCUGCUGGGUCAGAUCGUGCUUUCGGUACUUGUUCAACUCGUCGUGUUCGAGACGGUCCAACAACAACCUUGGUAUAUACCACCACGACUGGACAAGGAAAAGUCCAACGUCGACAACUCUCAAAAUACCGCCUUGUUUUUGGCGUCCUGCUUCCAGUAUACACUUUCCAGUGUUGUUCUCAGCGUCGGGCCACCAUUCCGACAGUCCCUGGGGACGAAUGUGCCCUUCUGCGUGACGAUCGUGACGGCGCUCCUGAUUUCCUUAUACAUGCUUCUCGACCCUGCCAAAUGGGUGGCGAAUUUCAUGGACCUGACGGAGAUGGCAGCGGACUAUGAAGUCUUCCUGCUGGUGUUGGCUGUGGCUGGGUUUGCCAUUGCCUAUCUAGCGGAGCAAUAUCUUUUUCCUCUGCUGGCGAAAUACAUUGGACGGCUCAAAUCGAGGUUGAGACCCGGACACCCGAAAAAGAGAAAGCAGUAUAAGCUCAUUGCGGAAGAUAUCCAGAUCAGUACAUAGAGGGCUGUAUGCAUGCACAUCGAUCGGGUUAGAAUAAAAAGAAUAAAGAGCUACCAAAUGAAAGGAGGAGAACUCUACUAAUUCGUUUGGCCUGUGCCAUUUUGUACGGCAGUUAUA